AUGUUCCAGUUGGCAUGGACACCUUUUCUAGCUGCAUUCAGUGUGGGUCUACAGGACUGUGAUGACACAGAAGUUGCCUCUCUUUGUUUGGAGGGUAUACGGUGUGCAAUCAGGAUCGCUUGCAUUUUCAACAUUCAGCUUGAAAGAGAUGCCUAUGUCCAAGCAUUGGCAAGAUUUACUUUACUUACAGUGAGUUCUGGCAUUACUGAAAUGAAGCAGAAGAAUAUUGACACAAUUAAAACUCUCAUCACAGUGGCCCAUACAGAUGGAAACUAUUUAGGAAAUUCCUGGCAUGAGAUUCUGAAAUGCAUCAGUCAACUUGAACUGGCACAGUUAAUAGGAACUGGAGUAAAACCUCGCUACAUCUCAGGGACAGUGCGUGGCAGGGAAGGUUCUUUUACUGGAACAAGAGAUCAGGCACCCGAUGAGUUUGUGGGGCUGGGACUGGUUGGUGGAAACGUGGAUUGGAAGCAGAUAGCAAGUAUUCAGGAAUCCAUUGGUGAAACUAGCUCCCAGAGUGUUGUCGUUGCUGUAGACAGAAUAUUUACGGGAUCUACAAGGUUGGAUGGAAAUGCUAUUGUGGAUUUUGUUCGCUGGCUUUGUGCUGUAUCUAUGGAUGAGCUGCUGUCUGCUACCCACCCUCGAAUGUUUAGUCUGCAGAAGAUAGUAGAGAUUUCUUACUACAACAUGGGCCGGAUAAGGCUACAGUGGUCUAGAAUCUGGGAAGUUAUUGGAGAUCAUUUUAAUAAGGUUGGCUGCAAUCCCAAUGAAGAUGUAGCUAUUUUUGCAGUAGACUCCUUAAGGCAGUUAUCAAUGAAGUUCUUAGAAAAAGGAGAACUUGCUAAUUUCCGAUUCCAGAAGGAUUUCCUAAGACCAUUUGAACAUAUCAUGAAGAGAAACAGGUCUCCUACUAUUCGGGACAUGGUUGUGCGUUGUAUUGCACAGAUGGUCAAUUCCCAGGCUGCUAACAUUCGCUCUGGCUGGAAAAACAUUUUUUCAGUGUUUCAUCUGGCAGCCUCAGAUCAGGAUGAAAGUAUAGUGGAACUUGCAUUCCAGACUACAGGACACAUUGUCACAAUUGUGUUUGAAAAACACUUCCCAGCAACCAUAGAUUCUUUCCAGGAUGCAGUGAAGUGCUUGUCUGAAUUUGCCUGCAAUGCAGCAUUUCCAGAUACCAGUAUGGAAGCUAUCCGCCUCAUUCGCCACUGUGCAAAAUAUGUAUCUGACAGACCUCAGGCAUUCAGGGAAUACACAAGUGAUGAUAUGAAUGUAGCUCCUGAAGACAGAGUGUGGGUGCGAGGAUGGUUCCCAAUUCUGUUUGAGUUGUCCUGUAUCAUCAAUAGAUGCAAAUUAGAUGUAAGAACCAGGGGCUUAACAGUAAUGUUUGAAAUAAUGAAGACAUAUGGACAUACUUAUGAAAAACACUGGUGGCAAGAUUUGUUUCGAAUUGUCUUCAGGAUAUUUGACAACAUGAAACUGCCAGAACAGCAGACUGAGAAAGCUGAAUGGAUGACAACUACUUGCAACCAUGCACUUUAUGCGAUAUGUGAUGUAUUCACACAGUAUUUAGAAGUACUUAGUGAUGUUCUUUUGGAUGAUAUAUUUGCACAGCUGUACUGGUGUGUGCAGCAAGACAAUGAACAACUGGCACGGUCUGGUACAAACUGUUUGGAGAAUGUUGUCAUCCUAAAUGGUGAAAAAUUUACCCUAGAAAUCUGGGAUAAAACUUGUACUUGUAUGCUGGAUAUUUUCAAAACUACAAUCCCUCAUGCGCUGCUGACUUGGCGACCAGUCAGUGGAGAGUUUAGCUCUGGGUCUCCCUCUGAUGCAAAAGAAAAACUGGAUACAGUCUCACAGAAGUCAGUAGAUAUUCAUGAUUCUGUUCAGCCUAGAUCUUCAGAUGGACGUCCAUAUCAGCCCAGCACAGGGACUGCUGUAGGUGAAGAAAUGAGUAAAACCAGGCCAACAGCAAAAUAUCCAGAACAGAAGUUAUUUGCUGCUCUUUUGAUCAAAUGUGUUGUACAACUGGAACUCAUUCAGACUAUCGACAAUAUUGUGUUCUUCCCAGCAACUAGCAAAAAAGAGGAUGCAGAGAAUCUAGCAGCAGCACAAAGAGAUGCAGUAGACUUCGAUGUCCACGUGGAUACGCAAGAUCAAGGGAUGUAUCGUUUUCUGACAUCACAGCAGCUCUUUAAACUUCUCGAUUGUCUGCUGGAAUCUCACAGAUUCGCUAAAGCGUUUAAUUCAAACAAUGAACAAAGAACUGCUCUCUGGAAAGCAGGUUUCAAAGGCAAAUCAAAGCCUAAUCUCCUGAAGCAGGAGACGAGUAGCCUUGCCUGUGGGCUGCGCAUUCUGUUCCGUAUGUACAUGGAUGAAAGCCGUACCAGUGCGUGGGAGGAAGUCCAGCAAAGACUACUAAAUGUCUGCAGUGAGGCUCUGAGUUACUUCCUCACCCUUACAUCAGAAAGUCAUCGGGAAGCCUGGACUAAUCUAUUACUGUUAUUUUUGACUAAAGUCCUGAAGAUAAGUGAUGAAAGGUUCAAGGCUCAUGCCUCUUUCUACUAUCCUCUGUUGUGUGAAAUUAUGCAGUUUGACCUUAUUCCUGAACUUCGAGCUGUUCUACGAAGGUUUUUCCUGCGGAUUGGUGUGGUUUUCCAAAUAUCCCAACCACCAGAACAAGAGUCUGGAAUAAGCAAGCAGUAGCAGAUAGUGACUGAGUAUUGCUCUGCGUAGAAGUUUCUAUUCCUCAGCUAAAUAAACGGACGAGGUAGCUGAGCCAUUCUGUCUGGAUAUCCAUAAAAAUGGUUUCUUUGUAUGGCAACGUCUAUCCAAGGGUUAACGGUACAGAUGCUUACAACUGUAAUUAAGGCUUGCAACACUCCAGUCCCUUUAUUUCCUGGUGGAUUGUCUCUAUGGGCUUCUCUUACCUGGCUCAUGCUGAGCACAGAGCCAGUUUUUAGCACAGUCCUCUUGUCAGCGUGGGCUGCAAUAUCCUUUACUGUCCUAGACAGCAGUAUAGCAACAGAUGUUUAUGGCGGGUGUGAAAGUAAAAUGUACCCAAAGAACUAUAUAUGUAAAGGUUUGAGCUUCUGCAAGAAGUACAACUCAGGAGAGCUGUAUUUUGAAGGAUAAAAUGUUUAUAGUGAAAAGAAAUGGAGAUUAUUGUUCAUGGUAAAAGAUAUUUAGCAACUAUGUCUGAUAUUCUUAUUCUAAGAUUUUUGCACACUCAGGCUGUCUGAGACAUUGGUAAUCAUCCUUCUGUGAAAAAUGUACAGAGAUGCAGGUCUGUAAUAUAAACUCUUUAACACUAUACAGUUCUUCCUGAAUUGUUUUAUUUCUGUUUUAUUAUUGAUUUGCUGAAAACCCAUAACACUUCAUUGUUUACCGAAUGCACUAGAAGUUUGGGUUUAUUUUCUCUUGGGUUGUGAUUCUCUUUUCUUUUUCUUUCUAUCCCCCCCCCUUUUUUUUUUUCUCCUGGUUUUGCUGUAGUCCAGAGUUAGUGUUGCUGACUUUUGUCAAGAACAGAAUUAGAAAUAUCACGACUGACGUACCUACCUGUAAUAUACUUGUUUUAGGGCUUUUAAAUAAAACGAGCCAUUGAAAUGAUGAUCCUUCAAGGACUGGAACUUGAAUCACUGCAAACAAGUCUAGGUUGUGUCUGCUGUCAGAUGUUUUUUGUUUGAUGUAGAUUUCACUCUUAUGUACAGAAUUUAAUGUUGAAUAUAUUCAAGUAACAAAUCUGGCAUGGUUUGGGGAUGGUUAAAUUUAUUGGAAAUGUAUUCAUACUGUGAAUUGUGCUCUGAUGGUUAAAAGACAAGAUCGUCAACAUUCUGUAUUACAAUGGAUGUAGAAAUUUUUUUCAGAUGGACAAAAUGUAUAUGGUACAGAUAUGUAAAGUUUUCUAUGUAAAAAAAAUUCUGUACAACUUUCUGUACAAUAUUUGGUUCUCAUCUGGCAUAUUCUAAUCAGGUUAUAGGUCAAUAAAGUUUUUGAACUCUU